UGUACAGCAGAGAGUCCCAGUGUACAUCGUUGUGCAGUCGCUCAAGGACCGUAAGCCGACACAUGUUGCCUCAUCUUGGUAGCUCUAAUUUGCGCAACGCGAGCCACGGAUAACCAGAGGUCGACCGUCUCUAGUUUGGACUCAUUCGUACAACGCAUGACUUGACGACUCCGAGAGUGACAGUCGCCUCAUCCACAUUCGGACUCUGUCAAUAAAAAAGGACUUGGUCUUCCUCCAUCACCUUGAUACUGGCCACCCGUGACAGCUCGACAUGGCAUCGGACACAUCACGCAGGCGGUCAUGGAGACAUAAGCUGUCAUUUUUAUUGCGACUGAAUAAAGAGCACAGACAAAGACCUGCCUACGAAAGUAACGAGAAGCUCGCGACCACCGCGGAAUCCAUCUCAAAUUCUCCUUGCUACACUACAAAAACGAUAGCAACUUCCAUACCAUCUACAAAACUCCCUGCGGAAUGCCGGAAAGAAAUCAUCUCCAUGGUCUUUGGCCAACACACCUCCACACCCCAAGAAUUCCACAUCCACAAGGACGUCCUCUGUUUCUGGUCAGACUACUAUCGCACCGCAGCUGGAGCCUUUACUUCCGAGCCCUCAUCCAUCACAUCCUCGCUUCCCAACGAAAGCGCAUACAUCUUUGGCGUCUUCGAGAUCUUUUGCUAUACCAAUGAGUUGACGGAUAAACACGGCAUUUCUCGUAUCAACCUUGGCUUCGACACUCUAUGUGCCCUUUGGAUCUUCGGCUCUAGGUAUUCAGCUCCAGCGUUGCAGAACGCAGUGAUGACGAAUAUACUGGUGAAAAGCGAUACUGAAAAUGUCAUUCCUUGUCGUAUGCUCAAUUACGUAUAUGAGAAUACGAUGCGAGGGUCGCCACUGAGGGCCUUCUUUGUUGAUAGAAUGGCAUUUUCGAACGGUGUCAAGGAGUAUGUGCUGAACAACGAGGAGAGGUGGACAAAGGAGAUUCUAAGAGAUUUGCUGGUGACUGUGUCUGGUCUGGGUAAAGAAGAGAAAGAUAGGAACGAUUUACCAAGAGGGAGAUAUGGGUGUUAUUAUCAUAUUCAUAACGAAGGGGAGAGAUGUGGAUCGGCAGCUCCAAUCGGGAAAGCAACUUGAUUAGGACUGUUCCAACUAGGAGAUA